AUGUUGGCCAGAAAGAAUUUGAUUGUUUUGAACUGCGUGGUGAGCAUGAUCAGCAGAAGAUUUAAUCACAAAAUCGGGAUCCUUGGAGCACCAUUAUCGAGGGGACAGAGAAAGGAGGGUGUAAGAAUUGGACCAGACGCUUUAAGGAAAUCCGGGCUGCUGACAGCGCUUCAAACUGGAGGUUGUAAUCUGAAAGACUAUGGCAACUUGAAAUUUGAAGAUGAGCCAAAAGACGAGCCAUUCAGAACCGUCAAAAUGCCACGGACUGUGGGAAAAGCAAAUGAGAAACUAUCUCGAGUUGUAAGCAAAGUAAAAGCAGAUGGCCGGAUCUGUGUCAUUCUUGGGGGAGAUCACAGUUUGGCAAUCGGAUCAAUUUCUGGAGAUGCAGCAUUUCACUCAAACCUGUGUGUGGUAUGGGUAGAUGCCCAUGCUGACAUUAACACUCCUAGUACAACAGCGUCAGGUAAUCUGCAUGGACAACCUGUGUCAUUUCUCAUCAAGGAACUCAAGACUGAGAUUCCAGCUGUCCCAGGAUUCAGUUGGCUGGAACCAUGUUUAUCUGCAAAAGACAUUGUUUAUAUUGGUCUGAGAGAGGUGGAUCCUGGUGAGAAAGAUAUUAUAAAGAAGUUAGGAAUUAAAUUCUUCUCUACAAUGGAUGUAAAUCACAUGGGAAUAGAGAAAGUCAUGGAGAUGACCAACGAUUACUUGUAUUCAAGAGUAAAGAAACCGAUUCAUCUUAGUUUUGACAUUGAUGGAUUUGAUCCCAUUCUGGCACCUGCUACAGGAACCCCUGUAGAGGGAGGUCUCACGUAUGACCAAGGUAUCUUUGUGGCGAGUGAAAUCCAUAAAACAGGCCUGCUGUCAGCAAUUGAUCUAGUGGAAGUCAACCCAUCUUUAGGAAAAACAAAAGAAGAAGUUACAUCUACUGUGAAUGCUGGUCGAGAUGUUAUCUUGAAAGCACUCGGCUAUUUGGAAAAAUGA